AUGGCGUCCCCACGGGAAUUGACCCAGAACCCCUUGAAGAAGAUCUGGAUGCCAUACAGCAAUGGGCGGCCCGCUCUGCACGCCUGCCAGCGCCGUGUUUGCAUGACCAACUGCCCAACGCUCAUUGUCAUGGUCGGCCUGCCCGCCCGGGGCAAGACCUACAUCUCUAAGAAGCUGACUCGCUACCUGAACUGGAUUGGUGUGCCCACCCGAGAAUUCAACGUUGGCCAGUAUCGCCGGGACAUGGUCAAGACGUACAAGUCUUUUGAGUUUUUCCUUCCAGACAACGAAGAGGGCCUAAAGAUCAGGAAGCAGUGUGCGCUGGCAGCCCUCCGUGACGUCCGGCGGUUCCUCAGUGAGGAGGGAGGCCAUGUGGCGGUUUUUGAUGCAACGAAUACCACCCGAGAACGGAGAGCGACCAUCUUUAAUUUUGGGGAGCAGAAUGGCUACAAGACCUUUUUUGUGGAGUCCAUCUGCGUGGACCCCGAGGUCAUAGCUGCUAACAUCGUGCAAGUGAAACUGGGCAGCCCUGACUACGUGAACCACGACAGUGACGAGGCCACAGAAGAUUUCAUGCGGCGCAUUGAGUGCUAUGAGAACUCGUACGAGUCCCUGGACGAGGACCUGGACAGGGAUCUGUCCUACAUCAAGAUCAUGGACGUGGGGCAGAGCUACGUAGUGAACCGCGUGGUCGACCACAUCCAGAGCCGCAUCGUGUACUACCUCAUGAACAUCCAUGUGACCCCCCGCUCCAUCUACCUCUGCCGACACGGGGAAAGCGAGCUCAACCUCAAGGGCCGGAUCGGCGGGGACCCGGGCCUGUCCCCCCGGGGCAGGGAGUUUGCCAGAAGUCUGGCCCAGUUCAUCCGUGAUCAGAACAUAAAGGACCUGAAGGUCUGGACGAGCCAGAUGAAGAGGACCAUCCAGACAGCUGAGGCCCUGGGUGUGCCAUACGAGCAGUGGAAGGUCCUCAACGAGAUCGACGCGGGUGUCUGUGAGGAGAUGACCUAUGAAGAAAUUCAAGAUCAUUAUCCACUGGAAUUUGCCCUGCGGGACCAGGACAAGUACCGGUACCGGUACCCCAAGGGGGAGUCCUACGAGGACCUGGUCCAGCGCCUCGAGCCUGUCAUCAUGGAGCUGGAGAGGCAAGAGAAUGUGCUGGUCAUCUGUCACCAGGCUGUGAUGCGCUGUCUCCUGGCCUACUUCCUUGAUAAGGCGGCAGAGCAGCUGCCCUACCUCAAGUGUCCACUGCACACCGUCCUGAAGCUGACCCCUGUGGCUUACGGUUGUAAAGUGGAGUCCAUAUUCCUGAAUGUGAUGGCUGUGAACACGCACCGGGACAGGCCUCAGAAUGUAGACAUCUCGAGGCCCCCGGAGGAAGCCCUCGUCACGGUCCCUGCGCACCAGUGA